AUGGAGCACGGAUUCCGGUCUGUGACUGAGAACUCUGCUCAGCGUGACAUGAUGACGAAGGGCCACCUCAUGUUUUGUCUUGACCGGAUUCACUCGUGGGCGAAAGCUCACGCGUCUACCCUCAGCCCUCAGUCUCAGGGCCCCAACCAAGCGAACGAGUCCUCGGAGGACGCCUCUGCACAAGAUGGACAAGUGAAAGAAGCUAUACGUGACCCGGCCAGCCCGGAGUCGGAAAAAGAUGCCAAAGAAGCCCCCAACAGGGGACUACUCGUCCGGAUGAAGGAUGGAACCAUUCGUUUCACCGGACACACCAAAAGAGCCCUUUGCCACAGCUGGGUCAAUGUGCUGCUCGUAUUCGUCCCCGUAGGCAUUGCCGCCGAGGCCGCGGGAUUGAACCCAGGCUUGAUCUUUGCCAUGAAUGCGAUAGCCAUCAUCCCCUUGGCCGGUCUCCUCAGCCAUGCCACCGAAUGUGUUGCCAGUCGAUUGGGUGACACCGUGGGUGCGCUCAUCAAUGUCACCUUCGGAAAUGCUGUAGAGUUGAUUAUCUUGUAUCAUGUGAGUUAUUGCCAUGCAGGAACCUUAUUGAUCAAUACUAAACACACCGGUGGCUCCAGUAUUGCCCUAGUCAAGAAUGAAAUUCGAAUCGUCCAAGCAUCGCUGCUGGGUUCCAUCCUGGCGAAUCUACUGUUAAUCCUGGGCAUGGCGUUUCUGCUCGGAGGUUUGCGCUUCCAGGAGCAGGCAAGUUUGCUCACUGUCACUCAAAUGAGUGCAUGUCUCCUCAGUUUGAGUGUCAUGAGUUUGCUCCUUCCGACGGCCUUUCACGCUUCAUGGUCGGACGAAACAGAUGCUGAUAAAUACACCCUCAAAGUCAGCCGCGGAACUAGCGUUGUCCUACUUCUUGUGUACAUCUUGUACAUCGUGUUUCAACUCAAAUCUCACGCUUAUCUUUAUGCCAGUAUCCCCCAACAGAUUAUUGACGAGGAAUCUCAUCCAGGCAUUCUGGCCGAGUUUAUGAACAGCUCGUCAGAUUCAAGCAGUUCCUCGGAUGAGUCUGUGGAUACUACGACGUCCUGGUCCACUGCCAAGCGUAUCAAGAGGGCUAUGAAAUACAGACGACACCGCAAAUCGAGCACCAGCUCUCGCGGCACCGUCUCCCCGCAGUCGUUCCGUAAGAAGUCGUUGGCCGAUGUUCCUCCCACGGCGGUCAUAGAUGAGAACGCCGGCUCUGCUGCCGACCUGAGCGUCACUCAUCAAGACGGGUCUGGGUCGUUUGUCAUUGAUUUUGGAGAUGACACCCGGUAUGAUGCGGAUCACGAACCACAGCCAAGGGACUUUGGGACACAUAAUGGUGCCAAGGCCUCCAAGGAAGAUCGAAAGGCAAAGAGACGUGAGAGGCGAAAGCAAGAAAAGCGCGUCGAAAAGGAAAAAGGCACCACUUCUGUCACCAAUACCACACUCACAGGCCGCCCUUCCAUGAAAACCCACAAGUCAGAACCUACAGUUGAUCGCGGACAGCCUCCUUUGCCAGUCGAGGAAGCAAUUGAGCCCGCCAAGCGGCGAUCGGCCUUCCGUCCCACGAUGCCGUCUUUGCUCACCAACACGGUUUUUUCGACCACGACACCAUCCAAUGCAGCAGUGCCCGCAAGCCCUUCAAAUCCCUAUGGACUUCGGCGAACUCAUUCUCUACCGUCUUUCACCAAUCGUCCUCCCCCUCCGGGAAGUGCCGUUCAGUUCGCUCGGGGCGCCUCUCGCAUGCCCACUGGUGUGACCCAUACUACGGCCGAAGUGGCCCCCGAACAACCGGAGCCAGAGAUGUCACGCACCGCGGCGGUGGUGAUGCUCCUGGUGUCAACCGGUCUUGUCGCGGUGUGCGCGGAGUUCCUUGUCGAUGCCAUUCCCACCAUGGUCGAAAGUUCAUCCGUCAGCGAAGCUUUCAUCGGUCUGAUUAUCCUUCCCAUUGUCGGCAACGCCGCGGAACACGUCACGGCAGUCAGUGUAGCCACCAAAAACAAAAUGGACCUAGCGAUCGGUGUAUCGGUGGGAAGUAGUAUUCAAAUUGCAAUCUUCGUAACCCCGUUGGUCGUCAUCCUUGGCUGGUGUAUGGACAAGGACAUGUCCUUGUACUUCACGCUGUUCGAGACCAUCUGCCUGUUCGUCACGGCAUUUGUUGUGAACUUCCUGGUGCUUGAUGGUCGAAGCAACUACUUGGAAGGCUCUCUACUUAUUGCAGCCUAUGUAAUCAUCAGUGUUGCCGCGUUCUAUUAUCCCGAUAGUGGUCAGUCCAGCACCACGGCGGGAGCAUAA